AUGUCACUUCUUUUGCCUUGGGAAACUGGGAUUUACGCCGAAAUUUUUGGCACUGGUUCUACCUUGCAAAUGCCUUCAAGUCAUUUGCCUGAGCCGGACAGUGAACUCAUGAACAAGGUCAUCACGGCGUCAGAGGCCUUAGUUGACGAACCUGUGCUACCGACUGAUGCAUGUUUUCACAAAGCAGUGCGAAACAUUCAGGAUCUUGAUUAUUUCCAAAACAAAAACAGACAGCUUGAACUUGCCUGCGGUCAAUGGUUGGAACUCCUCUCAUGCAGUUGGUUUGCAUCUGGAGUUGGUGAGAUGUUAGCAAGAGAUAUGCAGAAGGAUUCAAGCGGCAAGCUGGCAAAUGAGACGCUGCAGGCUUCGUUUGGCACCAAGAGCCCACAGACACUGUUGAAGAGAGCUGCAAGUCUGCGUAGGUAUUUCAAGUGGCAUGCAUGUGAGCGUUCAGAUGCUGGUGAGAUUCAUUUGAGUCCUCUCCCGCUGUCCGAGCCUGAUGUCUGGGAGUUUUUCAACUGGCUUAAAGCAUGCAGGCUGAGCUCUGGAAGGGGAUUCACAAAUCAAGCUGCCUUUUUGGAGACAGUGCGUUUUGCAAAAUUUUGUUUGGAUCUACGUGAGACUGAUUGCAUCCUUCAAUCCAGAAGGCUGCUGGGCUUUGCUGCAAUUCAGAGGUUGCAGAAGGGCCCCACGAAGCAGGCUCCACCUCUUGAGCUAGCUCAUUUGCAGAGGCUUCAUGAAAUACUGGAAACUGCAGCAUGUGACACUGACCGUUUGGGAGCAGCAGUGAUGUUGAUUUGCGUUUAUGGUAGGGCAAGGUGGUCAGACUUGCGCUACAUCCACCAUGUGACAAUCGAAGAAGGCCGCAAUGGGUUUUUGACGUUGUAUACAACUGAGCACAAGACAUCAGCGGUUGGGGCGAGGCGUGAACAAUACCUGCCGCUGGUCAUUCCAUGGAUGGGUGUGACGCACAAUGAAUGGGUACGCACUUUCCUGGAUGUGUAUGCCCAAGUUGGAUUGGAUAUCAACAGGGUGCCAUUGGGACCUUUGAUGCCAGCUCCCAAGCAAGGAGGCGGUUUUGGGGCCCGACCCCUCAGCACCCCAGAAGCCGCUGAGUGGUUGAGGCUUCUUUUGAAAGGGACGGCAGAGCAUGAAACCUUUCGUGCACACUCUCUCAAGACGACCUUGCUGGUGUGGUCAGCGAAGGCGGGGCUCGACAAGGAGGUGAGGGCUGUGCUGGGGCAUCACGCCUCUGCCCUGCAGGGUUCGGAGGUGGUUUACAGCCGGCACCUCCAGACCCGGGCCUUGAGGAAGCUCAACAUGUUGCUGCACCGGGUCAGGAUUGGACUGGGAUUGGAAGAAGAUCCCAUGGUGCCCAAUCCCUAUGCAACACCUGCAAUGAGGACUCCCGCUCCAGCCACUGUCAUGGCGCCGAUGCCAGCGACACCUUUCCCUCCAUUGCCUCCUCCUGACCUGACAGCUGGACCUGUGGCAGCAGCCAUUGAUGCCAUGCAUGUCGCUGAAGACUUGGAGAGUGUCAAGGAGGAGCUUAUGGAUGAGGCACAGAUUGCUGCAGAGGCGGAACGGGUGUCUUUGUUUGACCUGAGCUUGGUUAACAGUGGCAUUGUGGAGAUUGACAGCUCUUCUGGCAGUGGAAGUUCAUCUGAUAGCUCGUCGGAUGAGUCAGAUGGGCCUGCAGUUGCAAAGCCAGAUGCUGAUGCGUUUGUUGAACAUGUGCCUGAAGGAAUUGAGUUUUUCAAGCACAAGAAGAGUGCCAUAGUUCAUCGUGUGAAGAUCAACUCAAAAGUGGCUGCAUGCGGCGCUGCGAUGAAUCACAAUUUCAGUCAGAUGCCACGUACGUUGCGAGUGAGGUGGCCGAAGUGUCUGAAAUGCUUUCCAAAAGAUACAACUCGGAUCAGAAGUUUGGAUCAAAUGAAUGAAGCCCUGGAUGCAGCGCUGAAGCGCACGAAGCAUGUUCAAGCGUUGCAGCAAGUUUACAUGCAUCUCAUUUCACAGAAAGCUGUUUUGAGACAAAGGUCCUUUUUUGCAGAAAGUGUCGAUUCAUUGACAAAGAUUGCCUUUGUUUUAGGACAACCAGGGCAACCCAUCUUGAACCAGGACGUUGAUGAUUUCUUGCAACGCACUUUGGGUAGGGCCGGAACACUUGCGGAAUCCAGUGCUGUGAAACGUUUGACAUUCGAGGCUCACACUUACCUUGUGGCUUCAUUGAGGCAGCAGGUGGAUCAAUCUGAGGACAGUCAGCCGCGCCGUGUGGCAUUUGCUGAGCGCACGCAGCGCAUGGAGGCCCUACGUUUGGAGCUGAGAGGAAUUGAAAUCAGUGGGGAACUUGAGCCUGCGCAUUCCCUGCUUGAUAAGACUUGCAAGAUGUUUGAAGAUAACUCCAUCAAGUGGCUGGAACCUUCAACUUGCAUUUCACGUAGCAUGGAGGUACAGGGGACAAGCAAGUCACGAGAGCUCACAUUAGAGAAAGGUGCCCUGAUUUUGAAGCAGGACGAAAAGGCAACGUGCUCAACAGAUUCAGAGAUCAAGUUGCACUACGCUCUUACACGAAACCAGAAGGUGCCAAGAGAUUUGAAAGGGUAUCACAUAGAGCAGUUAUUCAUGAUUGAAGUGUUUGCUGGUGGUGCUGUUUUGACAUCUGUGGCGAAGCAUUUUGGUUUGGGUGGCAUUGCAAUCGACAAAAUUAGGAAGUCCAACGCCCGCUGUACAAUUUACCAGUUGGACCUUUUGCAGCAAGCGGACCGAGAGCUUCUUGAGGAAUGGCUCUCUUCGCCAUUACUUCUGUGGGUGCAUUUUGCACCGGUGUGUGGAACUGCAAGUCGGGCUCGUGAGAUACCACAGCCUGGCGUUGCCAAUUUGCCUCGACCUUUGCGAUCGCUUGAUUUUCCUUUAGGUCUACCUGACUUAACUGGUGAAGAACUCAAAAGGGUUGAGCUUGCAAAUGCACUGUUUCUUUACACCUGCCUUUUGUUUGCACAGUGCAUUCGAAGGAAUGUGCUUGCCACGAUGGAAAGCCCUCGAGGAUCAUAUUUUUGGCUCACGCCUUAUGUGUUGGACUUGCAGCGGAUUUACCCGCUUUAUGCUACAGAUUUUCAAGCUUGCAUGUAUGGUUCCUUGCGUGACAAGUGGACGCGAGUGGUGGCCUCAUUCCCAGAAAUUACAAGCCUUGACAUGGCAUGUGACAGAAAGCACAAACAUUUGGGUUGGGGCUUUACUUUGAAUGCGGCAGGCCAAAAAGUUUGGGCCACAGCUGAAGAAUCACAGUACCCGAGAAAGCUCUGCAUAGCUUUGGUACAAUUGGUGCUACAGGUUGCGCACAGUUGGGGAGUCACUUUGAAGCCCAACUGCCUACAGGACAUCUCUGACCACCCUUUGCUGACAGCAAAACAAUCACAAGUUGCUGCAGGACUUCAACCAAAGACUUCAAAGUUGCCUCCAAUUGUACCAGAUUUUCAGCAGUCGGCAGUUUUUCUUGCCGAGGGCCCUGCAGCUAUACCCUGCUCAUUGAUGGCUAGGCUGCCGCAUGACCUUUCCUUGCGGACUGAGGAGCACCAGCCUGCACUGGUGCCAAAGGGCUCACGUUUUUUGCGUGGUCAUUUUGUGAGCGGCGACGACAAUGGGGGUAGUGAAGAGCCUCCACAAAAUAAGAGGCGACUGGAAGAUGGAACUGCCCACGACAAAGAUGCGUGGGCCUACAAAGUGGUUUUUGGGUUGCCAUGGAGCUGUGAGCAAUUCAUUGAGCGGGCUUGCAAGUCUGGCCACCCAGCGGCACAGAACCAUGCAGUGCCACUAGAUUUACGGGUGGCGAUUCAAAAACACCUGGAAUGGUCAGAACAUGCAUUGGUGGAAUACCGGAUGCAAUGGUGUCGCAAAUGGCUCAAAAGGGCCAAGGAGCUUGAAGAUGCUGAAAGACGAGAUGCUGCAACGAGGCCUGCACAUGUGCAGGCAACAACUAGCAACAAACGUUUGCUCCUGACUCAGGAGAUGCUUGACAGUGUGGGUUAUGAGGAUGACAGAGUGCUUGACUUGUUGCGAGAGGGCUCCCCAUUGGCAGGAGAGAUUCCUAGCUCGCCAAUGUUCAAGGAGUGCUACAAGCCGUGCCUUUUGACCCUGCCGCAACUUUUGCGAGAGGGGGUGUCCAGCCGCAUUGCCCCACUGUUCAAAAAGGAGCUGUGCUCUUGA